CUGGUCAGGAACUGGCCAGGAGCGGACGGCAGUGAAGGAAUCUCAAAACUUUUCCAACACACAGUGCCGUCUGUGGUCAGUUAACAGUUUCACUUCGCCUUUGUCUUUGUAGUGUGAAAAUUAACGGACACGUUGCCUUACUGUGCGUGUCGGUGAUUAAGUGGAUGCUCCUGGCCGCCGGGAAGAAGGAAACUUGCGAGAGGAAAAAGUUAUGGAGUGAUGCCCGAGCGACUGCAUCCCUCCCUCAAAAGUUCAGCUAAGGUUGCUAAUGUUAGCCGGCGUAGCGACUCCGCUCGCUAACUCUGAUGGGAAAGUUUGGGUAAACUUUUUGUUCAUCUGUCAAAACAAGAAGUAACAAAUCAUCCGAUGUAGUAAAGAGGGGCUCGAGGAUAUGUAAUGCGUGUGGGACACAGCUUUCAUCCUUGGCUUGUUGUCUCGUGCCGGGCCAGGUUACAGUAUCAAGCUAAUCAUCUUUAGCCAAGUGGAGCUAGCUGAGAGGCGGCUAGCCUCUGUCAAGGGAAGUUAACAAGAGUUAGCGUCAGUUUGCUCCCAGAAAGAAAUGGCAUGACACACAGUUCUCGUUUGCCAGCGAACACUCAUCUCCAUCAUGGAAAGACCGCAGUGUUUUUAACGUUUUUACAUGGAGCAGCUGAGUAGCGUCAACACUUGUUAAGAUGUUACCUGUUGUGAAGGUGUGAGAAAGGGAGCGAUAACCCUGAUGAACAUAGUAUGAGAGAGUCGGAUUAACUUUACUUAUCAUCACCGUGAGUUGUGGUCGUUAGGAAUGGCACGGACAGACCUUAAAGACAUUUGACAGUCUUAUAAGGAGCUACGAAGGAGCACUGUGACUUUUGAAGAAGUUGCUUUGGGACAUUCUGCGGUUACAGUUCUGUGUUAUCAUCACCACUGUUCAUCACCCACAUCCCGAGAAGGCCUGCGUCUUGUGAAUGAAGUGGAGAGUGCUACAAUGAAGGUGACUGUGACAUUUGGGCAGACAGGUGUGGUGGUGCCCUGCAAAGAGGGGUGGACUGUGAGAGACCUCAUCCAGCAAGCCACGCAGAGAUACAGAAAACUCCUGGAACAGGAAGGAGAUUUCCUGGUUCGGACUCACCAUGUUGAAUACUGUGACGGAGGGAUUCUGGACCCCGAUGAUAUACUCAGCGAUCUGGUGGAAGACAAGGACAAGCUGAUGGCGGUGUAUGAGGAGCAGGAAGCCCAGCAGAGGGGUUUGGCUAACACAAGCCUAGCCUCCAGCCCUGACGUCUACCAAUCUGAGCUCUCUGUCUUCCAGCCAAUCGCAGGAGGAGAGAUUGAAGUUAAUUCCUCAGCCCUCAAGUCCAACACCCCCCUGUUGGUGAGAAGCAGCAGUGACUCAGCCCUCGGCCCCCAGCCGACAGACACUGAACCCUCCCUCAAUGAGGACACCGCCAUGAUGGCAGCCAGUCCCGCUGUGGAGAAGCCAGCAGGGGUAGACCGACCCCACGGCAAACACACCUUCAGUGGCAGCCUGACUAGAACGGUGGAGAUCCUGGGAGAGGACAGUCCCCUGGGGAUCCAUGUGGUUCCUUAUAGCUCAUCGCUCAGUGGACGGUCUCUUGGUCUGUACAUUCGUGGAGUGGAGGAGGAGAGUCGCUCAAGAAAGGAGGGCUUGUUUCAAGAGGACGAAUGCAUCGUCAAGAUCAACAACACCGACCUCAUGGACAAGACAUUUAGCCAAGCCCAGGAAGUUUUCCGUCAGGCAAUGCGUUCCCCAAUUGUCCGUUUGGAAGUAGUUCCGUCCUCCAACAGAGAACGCUACGAGAAGAUUCUGAUUGGUCAGCUGUCUGGCAACAGUGUCGGUCCCGACAGCAGCCCCCGAAUCACCAAGACCAAAGAGCCACCCCCACCCGUCAAAGCCAAACCUGUAUUUAAGCCCUCUGAGAAUCCAUCCGCGCCACUGGCAGAGGAAGCUGCUGCACACAAGGGGAGGAGUGAGAAAAGUGCAGCCCCCUCCAGUAUUGUGGCCAAUAAGAGAGGAGGACGAAGACUGAGAAUCGAUCUAAAGAAAGGUCCGGAAGGUCUUGGUUUUACUGUAGUAACCAGAGAUUCUUCAGUCCACGGCCCUGGUCCUAUCCUCGUCAAAAACAUUCUGCCUCGUGGAGCCGCUGUCAAGGAUGGACGCCUUCAGUCUGGAGACCGCAUACUUGAGGUCAACGGUGUGGAUAUCACAGGUGUGGGCCAGGAGGAGUUGGUGUGUAUGCUACGCAGCACGCGACAGGGAGAGAGUGUGUGUCUUGUGGUUCUACGGCAGGAAGACAUGUUCCUGCCCCGGGAGAUGAAGGACGAGGUGUCCCGUGUGCCGGGCUUUGUUUCCGAGAAUGGGAAGGAGCAGCUCAUGUUCGAGGUACCCCUUAAUGACACCGGUUCGGCAGGGCUCGGCAUCAGCCUCAAAGGAAACAAGUCCAGAGAGACAGGAGAGGACAUGGGAAUCUUCAUCAAAUCCAUUAUACAUGGAGGGGCUGCAUACAAGGAUGGGCGUCUGCGUGUCAAUGACCAGCUGGUAGCAGUAAACGGAGAGUCGCUGCUGGGACGCUCCAAUCAUGUGGCCAUGGAGACGCUCCGCCGCUCCAUGUCACAGGAGGGAAACGUAAGAGGGACAAUCCAACUGGUGGUGCUAAGGCCUCCGAAGGAUCAACACGGGGUGUCGCCCAGUCGCUCGUUUGACAGCUCCUCUGGCCUUUCAGGACUGGUGAGCCCAGUAAACGGUCAGACGGGAUUGGUCAGUCAGACUAACGGCCCCAUUCUCCCUCCCAUGGUGAACAACACUCUCUAUGCAUCUAAUGUGACCAAUGGGAGUUAUUCUCACAUGGAUGAGGAAGAGGACGGGGAGCUGUAUGGACAGGAAGCAGAGUUCAGCGGCUCUACCCAACCCUCCUAUCUACAGGAAAGGGAUAACUCUCACACCUCUAGCCUGGCUCAGCCCCAGUCUCCUACCCAGAACCUGAGCCAGCGGCAGUUCCAGCACGUUAAAGCCUCCAAGAGCAUGGACCUGGGUACGGCUCAGAACCAGCAGCACACUGUGGCAGAUGAGAGCAACGUUGGAUCCCUGGUUGGAAACACUGCAGCUCCAUCAACUCCUGUAGAACUCGGACCUACCCUCGGCUUGAAGAAGUCCAGUUCGUUGGAGAGCCUCCAGACGGCCAUGUCAGAGGUUAACAGAAAAAACGAAUUCCUCCCAUUCCACCGCCCUCGCCAAAAUAUGGUCAGGGGAAGAGGCUGCAACGAGAGCUUCAGAGCAGCUAUUGAUAAAUCCUAUGAUGGGCCACCUGAAGAUGAUGAUGAUGAUGGUUCAGAGCCAAGUUCAGGCCGGGACACCCCUGCAAGUAGUUCAUCCCGCCAGGGAGCGGGGGAUCGGUUAGAGGAGAAAGGCAAAAAAGACAAGAAAAAGAAAGCAAAAACAAAGAAGAAGGAAAAGAACAAGGGGAAAGGGAAAGAGAAAGAGAAAAAGAAAGCAGAGGAGCUUGAGGAGACGGAGAAGAAGAGCAAGAAAAUAGGCUUUGGCCUGCUGAGAUUCGGGAAGAAAAAAGAGGAGAAGAAGGAGGCAAAAGCAGCUCUGCAGCGACAGAAGACAGACAUCCUGAGUGAUCAUGAGCUUGAGAGGAUGAAAGAUGAGAGGGAAAGAAUCGAGGCAGGGCAUCCUGAGCUGCGAGAGCACCGACCCAGAGACCAGCAAGGCGGUGGCGGCUCGGCAUAUCCAGAUGUGGAGGAUGACGACGCAGACCCCAACUAUGCCCGAAUACAGUCCUUCAGGGGCAGAGAUAUGGGUUCAAUGCCCCAGCCGCUGUCUCAGUCACCUCCCUACAGUACAAUUCAGCACGCCCAUGCUCGCACCCCGUCCCCCCAAGGUCCCUCUGCCUUUCCAGGGCAUGGGAAUCAUGGCAACGACCCUGUAGCCAUCCCUGAUGAUGACCCCCUUGAUAGGCUGUACGCCAAAGUCAAUAAACCAAGGGGAGCUGGAACUACAUCUCCUCCUGUCUCUGCUACUGCUAAUGACAGCGUGGACAGAAUCCAGCAGCUAAGAAGAGAAUACCAGCAGGCAAGGAGAGAGGGAAUGGUACCGCCUUAUGAAGAACUGGACCUACGACGCAGAGUACAAGAAAACGACGCACACAGGAUGCCAGGCAGAGGUGCAGAUCAUCGGCUGGCACCACGUUACGAAGAAGUGGAACGUCAGUAUGCCUCCUUACCAAGACGAGGUCCGUUGGAUCCAGCUGAUUACCCCAUGCAGCCCUGGUCAGGUCAUUACCCCGGACCUCCCCAAGCCCCAAAGGGAUACCCUCAGUCCCCGUCCUACCCUAACCCCAACUGCCUGUCUGGUCCAUCUUACUCGGGGUACCCACCUGGCCAACCAUAUGCACGGCCAGGUGACCAUCGGGGCGUCGACCCUGGGUACUACCCCCACCCAAACUCCCAGCAGAGAGGCCCCUUGCGGCAGGAUGUGCCCCCAUCUCCUACCCCUCCACAUCGCGGACCACGAUACGACACCAUGACGCGUGGUACCGGGGGUGGUUACAGGCACCUGGUGGAUCCCGGUCCAGAACAAUAUGGCUAUACUGGGGAGGGAGGAAGACAGCAACAGCAACACCAAACCAACCCGAGACAGAAGAAUGCCAUGACUGCAGCUGUGUAGACCAAUCAGGUCCAGAGAUGAAAAUGAGCAGAAUGCUAACUGCUUUGUGUGCAGCUCUUCUGCUUUUGGUACGCCAGUGAAAUAGAGCUGAAACCUCUUAAUGGUGUUAUUUGAAUCACCAUCAUUAUCAAACAUUGUCUUAGCUGUUUGAAGUAUAUGGUAAUACACAGACAUGCAAGGUAAAGGAGGUUAAUUAUAGAGUGGCCGUUGUGAUGCAUACUGUCUUGUUGUUUGAAGUCAUUUAAAUUGCUUUGAGUCUUCACUGUGUAUAAAAUUAGCAGCGUUUCUACUUUUCACUAUGGUCUGAUUAAGUCGUCUCUUGGAAGAAUCAGUCAGAGCCACUGAGGUAAUUGGAUCCAUUUAAAUGAAGGCAAUGAAGGAAUACAUACAGCUCCACACACGCUCACAUUGUACCUGGUGGUUUCACUGCUGCCGCUUCACGAACAAGAGAAAUUUAACAUUCAGAAAUGUUACAUGUUAACCUUGCGGCAAAGUUUGUGGCCAUUCACAGAUAUAAAUGACAACUUUUAGUUUUAGUAUUUUUGUGUGAGAAAGCCAAAUUUAUUCUCAAGACUGAAGCUGUUUGUGUUUACAAAAAAAAGUGAGAGGCUUUGAGUCUCCUCUUGAGGGUGAGCUGGGAUGUAGAAGAUGAUGAAAAAAAGUCCAUGUUCUUUGGUUACACAACUGUGCUCUGUUGGUAACAGCUGCUGACGCAAAACAUAAUCAUAACUCAUACAAUUACAAGGCAGUAUAUCCAUCCGUACAUUAUACUACACUGCAUUAUACAUUUGGGUGACAGUCUGUUAUUAAAUGAAGUGCAUUUUAAGGCCUAUUGUCAAUUUACCAAACAGGGAGAACGCCACUACACCAAUCUCUAUGAGUAAGUACAGAUUUUGUAAUCGUGACUAGUCUGAUACAUCACGUACAGUGUAAUUUCGUCAAUGAAUUAUGGGAAGCUUUUAAUAAUUGAAGUGCACUGACGCAGAGAGGCGCACUGUAUGAAUUAUCUCUGCAUGUAAUAAUGUGUUUUUAAUAAUGCUAUGAUUGCCUUUCAUUUCUAUCCAAAAUAAUUCUCUCAAUAGAGAGGAGUUGAAAAAUAUUUUUUAGUACAGGGCUAGAUAUAGUCCAAGUCUGAAACCACGCCUGCCUGUUGGUUUACAGCACCUAUGAAUGAUCCUGUUGCUGCUUUAAAAUGAUCCCGGAAUGACAUUUCAAAUGAUAUAGUAGUACUAAAUCUCAGAUCUACAUUCAAUUUAUUUACAAUGACCUCUACUUGAGUGUAUGAGAACCUCUUGCAUUACAUUUUCACAGUCAUCUGUACUAAAUCCAUGGAGUCAGCCUGUGUUUAUUGAAUCAUUCCAGCGUGAUUGGAUUUUUUGCUCACUUUUUUGUUUUCUAUCGGACAUCCAGUUCAGAGAUAAUCCACUGCUUUAAACAAGAAGCUGACAACCACAUUUUUCACCAGAAUGCUAAUAUCAACCUUCAAACUUUGACGUUCUGGAAGAAGCUCCAUUAAGAACAAGACGACCUCCUGUGAAAUUAAAACCCAAAGCGAGACAAUUCCAACACAUUCAUUCAUUUCACGCUGCUAGUUUUUUAGACAAUAUUUGUUUCAAAAUAUAAACUCUUUAAAACACCUAAAUUAUCACAGAAGGGCACAUAUGUGAUAACGGUGCUUAAACAUGAUAGACAGCAAAGUAAAAUUAGUUGGGGGAUACAGGAUCAAAAACACCAUUAACCAAACCACUACUUUGGGCAAUUGUGUCACAUGAUUUUCACGCUAAAUGUAGAGUAAAAUGUUCAUGCCUUGGAGAGUCCUACUGUUGGAUAAACCAGGCAGAGAAGGCAUAUCUUUCUUUUCUUUCAGCUCAGUUUCAUUCUGUAUUACUUAGCAGCCUCUUUCUCCCUGUGUUGUCUGUGUAUGCCAUGUACUGUAUUUUGGAUGUGACGGAUGUUCCUGGCACGUCUCUGUGACCUGGUGGUGUAGGCGUCACUAUGUGUUGAAGUGCACACAAGGCCUGUUGAAAGAUGAAUUGAGCUUCAGAGUGCUCUUCACAGUGCUGCACCAUAGUGCAUAUCCAUUUAGCCACUUACUAAACCAUCAAUUAAGUGUAACUAAGAGUUAGAGUCUAGCUUAACAUUUCCGCGUUUCACUCCACAAAGCUCAGCAGUAUUACUUUCAAUGGAGAUUAAAUGUUACAAAUGACAUUUCAGGAUUAGGGGAAUUGCAUUUCUCUUAAUAUGACUGAGGAUGACAUAUCACUAGUGAAUGUUGACAGAUACCCUUGCACAAGAAUGUGAAGUAGAUUUUGUCUCAAAAUCAUCUCAUUUGUUUGUUCUUGAUUGGAAAGAGACGGGCAGGUAGGAUUGAUGGGUUAAAAGAAAAAGUGAAAAGAGGUAAGAAAGGAAUAGAAGUGAGGGAUAGGUAGAGCAAGGAAGAAAAAAAUAAGCAAAAGAAUGCAGAGAGGGAAGAGGGGUAUUGAUAAAGAGGGAUUAAAGCAACAAGUAAUAGACUGAAAGUAUGGAUGGAGGGAGGUGGAAGAAAUGGUAAGAACAGAUGCAAUGUGAUGACCCCCAAUGCCUUUGUGGUUCACAAUGGUUUGAUUCAGAAAGUUUUCAAACAAGAACAGACCGCAGGAAAGAAUGAAAGUUCAUAAAAAUAAGGGCGGCAGUUGUUCUGCAGUAGGAGGAGGGUUACAGGAGUGGGCUUGUAUUGACAGAAUGUAAUGACUAAGGGGAAUUACUGAAAAAUAUUUGUCUUUUUCAUGCUGUUAUCACUUUUCAUUACCAAUAUGGAAAUCAAUCUGCCAAAACAAACUGAUGUAUUUCUGAACGUACAAUAAUAAAGCAGAUUUUUAGGAGAUUGACCUGGUGGUGAACUCACCUGUCAAGCAAAGACACCAAAAUAAUUCACAUGCCCCUUUAGAUCAUUCACUCCUUUGUUCAGACACUAGGCUAGCACUUUAAGGUACUAUGUGGAAUUUUCAGAAAAUCCUUGUUAUUUGCGACACCUGUGGCUGUAAAGUGAACUGCAGUCAGCAUCGCAAGCAACAGGAUGCCUAGUCCAGGCAAAGUCAGCCAAUCGGACCAAUAACUGCACGGCUAACUGAGCUAAAUAGCUAAUGGCAGCUAAGGUUAGCAGACGUUAGCGGUUACUUUAGCAACAGGGAAAGCUAUCUGUCCAUCAGGAAACUCCGUAAAUAUGAUCCAGUUUCACCAAAAUCAGUGAAUAAAGUUAUAAAGUUGUGUUUUUGUACAGUAAUCGGUGAGGCCCAGCCACCAGAAUCUGUAUAAUCUGUAGUUUUUGCAACCUUAUUCUUGUCUCAUUUGUUGUUUGACAAACAAUAAAUUCACCAAAUUCUGUGCCCAAUAUCGCUAUUUGCCAAAUUACUGCAGCUGUCAUGGUGAUAGUUGACUCAAUUUCUAAGCUAAUGUUAGCAAGUGUAGGGCACUCUGGAGUGAGCAUAAAUCUCACAUCCUUUAGAUUUGGAGUAUUAGCAACCGAGAAAGUUGGGGAAGGUCUUAUUUCUUUAUGUUACAUAACAGUCUGUUCAUACUUUGGCAAUCCGGAGAUAAAAUGUGUGAAUCUGUUGCCAAUGUACCAAACAGAGAGUUAUGUUCAUUACCAAAAGGUCAGUUUUAUUACUUUGGAUAGUCAUAGUGGUAAUACAUGGUAAAGAAUGAGGGGGAAAUGAUCUACUAGGGUAACAUGAACAGUUUUGGUGUCAUCAUCCGAAGAUGUAUUGCACUUCUUUAAGACAGAAUGCAAAGAUGGAAGAUUUAAUUGGCAGUCUUCUGUACUGUGUGUAUCUUAAUGCUGGGUCAGUUACUGGUGAAGCUUUGCUGAGCUACAGUAUAUUGAAAUUUGAAUGUUUCAUGGAGGUGUAUUAUUGUUACUCUUCUGAUACUAGUUCACAAUUCACAUGUAUGUUACUCUUCACAAGCAUAUAUUUUUCAUGUAUUUCUUUUUAAUGAUAGUCUGUGUUGUUGGUUGGGUAUACCAGAGCUGCAGAGUGUUUGGCCACUGUUACCAUGCUACUGUCACAAAGAGGUACACUGUAUAGUUUUCCUUUUCCAAAUUUAAGUCAUGUUGGUUUUGUUUAAUUUUAUACCAGUUUAUAUAACUGUACAACUUGAUUUGCCAAAAAUUGGGAAGGAAAAUACAAAGAAAAUACAUUGUGGCACUUUGCCUAACAUGGUUAAUAUAUCAAACAUUCUGUAAGUAUGGCUUUGGUUUUUGGUAGGAUAAAAGGAUUUGCACAAGCUGAAGGUACUAACCAGAGUUUUCUGUUUGAAGAGUUCUGGUACUUCUGGUUCUCCCUGUACAGAGACCGGCGCAUGAAGGAACCAACUAAACAACCUCUCUGUCUUAGAAGUAUAACUUUUUUAUUAACGUGCUUGUAUCCAAAAAGAAAGAAAAAACAAAUCUCAUUUUAUAAUGUUGUAACAACAAUGAUUUCUAUUAUUCUUUUCCUGCAUUUUAUAUUUAUGUAUAUAACAUCUUUUUUGCAUUAAAAUAUUCCUUUUAAAACAGGA